CACACCAGGAGGGGGCAGCACCUCGGUUCCAAACAACAAUAAUUAAUGAUCAAGUUAAACAGAAAAACAACAGUUAAAAUCUGAUUCAGAAAAUACAUUAACGAAUUGGUAAAUCAAUUAAAAAUACAUUUCUGUAAAAGAUAUAAUGGUGUAAACUGAAAAAAGCAUAAAACUAAAAUCAUUUAAAAACAAAAUAGCCGACUAACGAAUAAACAUCAGCACAUUAAAACACAAUUUAUAAAACAUAACUAUUUUAUAGUAAAAUAAAAUAAAAAACCGAAAUAGUAUAAAAAGGGAAAGAUGUAAAAGAAACUAAAAUUAAAUUAAGUGAACUAAACGGUCAAAACCCCUGAGCAAGAUGGCGGCUGCGGCUGCAGUUCUGUCAGGCUCCUGCUCUGUCACGUGUCUGCUGUCGACCAAUCAGAGCUGUGUGCGUUCAGGAAGACAACAACCCGCUGAGCGGCGGAAUGCUAGCGGACCGCUGGCCCGAAAACACGGAUUCAGACGCGGGUUUCGACUGUUUUCUGUUUGCGGUUAGUUCCUUUAACCUGACCCGGUCCAGUAGAACUGUUCUGAGGUUCUGACUGAGUCCAGCCUGGGUCCUUCCCGAGCUGUUCACAUCCCGCAGUCUCCGGAUUCCCAGCCGACAUUCCCAGCGCCCUGAAGGUUAGCAUGGAAGUUCUGGAAUGUUAGGACGAUGUUCAAGAAUGUGUUCGGUUCGGGAUUCCUGGUGAGGACGGCCCAUGUGGUUCUGACCUGGAUCAUCACGCUCAUCCUCUUCCUGUAUGACACAGAGCUGAGGAAGCAGGAGGAGACGGGCCAGCUGCUGAAGCCGGUUCUGUUCGUCCUGCUGGUUCUGGUGUCGGUUCUGCUGUACUUCGCGGUGUCGCUCAUGGAUCCGGGAUUCAUCCUGACUGAGGACAGCGACCUGCAGUUGGAGUGCGGUGGUGGCGGUGUCAUGAUGUGGGCUCUGUGUGUUCCAGUUCACUCUGGGAGUAACGGAGGAGCAGCAGGAUAUGAUCCCGCCCAGCACCAAGUCGCUGCGUCAACGCCGCUGCGGCCGCUGCCUGCUGCAGCAGCCAAUGAGGUCGAAGCAUUGCCAGACGUGUCAGCACUGCGUGCGGCGCUACGACCAUCACUGCCCCUGGAUCGAGAACUGUGUCGGCGAGCGGAACCACCGCUGGUUCCUCCUCUACUUGGCCCUGCAGCUGCUGGUGCUGCUGUGGGGGCUUCACGUCGCCUGGACGGGCCUGGGCCACGCCCCCUCCUGGUCGCGGUGGCUGCGCUCCAACGGCGUGCUGCUGGCCGUCUGCGGGCUGCUGGCGCCGCUGGCGCUGGUGGUGCUGCUGCUGCUCGGGUCGCACCUCUACCUGGUGUCCAUGAACGCCACCACCUGGGAGUUCAUGUCGCGCCACCGCAUCUCCUACCUCAAACACUGCGGCGCCGACCAGAACCCGUUCGACCGCGGCGCCGCCCGCAACCUGUGGGGGUUCUUCUGCCAGUGGGGCAGCGUGGUGUGGGAGCAGGCGUACUUCAGGGAGGACAGCGACCCGGUUUAGGUUCUGAGCCGCUCACGGUGUCGGAUCACCAGCGCCGGUAUAACUGGGUCACAGCUGGUUCUGUUCUGCCAGCCAAUCGGUCCGGACCGACCCGGAUCACGUUCUGGGAAGUCAGGACUAAAGUUGUUUAAAGUCCAAAUGUUGGACCAGAUUAAGACUCAGAGUUCUGGUGGUUCUGGUACCAGUGGACAGGAGCUGAUUCAACCAAUAAACCCAGAAACAGGAAGUGA